AUGACUAAACAUGGUGGGACGCUCAUACAAAUUGGGGAUACAAUUUUACCUCAGUGUAACGCAAACUCAAAGGGACAGUCUGAUCACAAUAUAGCAAACUCAAAGGGACAGUCGGAUCACAAUAUAGCAAACUCAAACGGACAGUCAGAUCACAAUAUAGCAAACUCAAACGGACAGUCGGAUCACAAUAUAGCAAACUCAAACGGACAGUCGGAUCACAAUAUAGCAAACUCAAAGGGACAGUCGGAUCACAAUAUAGCAAACUCAAACGGACAGUCGGAUCACAAUAUAGCAAACUCAAACGGACAGUCGGAUCACAAUAUAGCAAACUCAAACGGACAGUCGGAUCACAAUAUAGCAAACAAUAUCAAACGGACAGUCGGAUCACAAUAUAGCAAACUCAAACGGACAGUCGGAUCACAAUAUAGCAAACUCAAACGGACAGUCGGAUCACAAUAUAGCAAAUACGGACAGUCGGAUCACAAUAUAGCAAACUCAAACGGACAGUCGGAUCACAAUAUAGCAAACUCAAACGGACAGUCGGAUCACAAUAUAGCAAACUCAAACGGACAGUCGGAUCACAAUAUAGCAAACUCAAACGGACAGUCGGAUCACAAUAUAGCAAACUCAAACGGACAGUCGGAUCACAAUAUAGCAAACUCAAACGGACAGUCGGAUCACAAUAUCCGUAUAUUCUUUCUAUGUAUUCUAUUCCUGGUCCCUAUCAACAGCUGUCCUCACAAUAAUCACGAUACUGACUGUUAUUUAAACAACGCUAUUUUCCCAAAGGGUAGUAGAUGCACCCGUUAUAAAAAGUUUUACAGUGCUGAAAAUCAUUUGUUCCGAGGGGUAAAUUUUCCGAUGAAUGACUGCUGGGGGACCAGGUGA